AUUCUCUAUAAUAUUUUAUACAUGCUAACGUUUAUAGUCUAUUCACGGUAUGAUUUAACUUACACGUUUUGCAAAAAGGGGACAGGUAGCCGUCACAUACAAAUGCAUUAUUUAUGAUAAUUAAAACUUUUAAACAUAAAAAGCAUAAAAUGCGAGACAAGGCGUACGAGAUAUGCCGAACAUACCUGAGCGGACAGUGGGAUAACAUCAGCGCCAAUGAUAUGGUGGUUAAGACAAUCAGCGGCGGUUAUAGCAGUCAAUUGUAUUACUGUUCCCUACCGGACACACACGAACCCAUAGAUAAUGAGCCCCGGGAUGUCGUGUAUCGGCUGUACGGGGAGGCCGUGGAUGGGGACGACUAUAAAGUGACGAAUUCGUUGAUAACGAUGUUAUUGUCUGAACGCAGAUUAGGUCCCAAACUGUACGGUGUGUUCGCCGGCGGACGGCUCGAGGAGUAUAUCAAAUCCCGUCCCAUGGCGUACCGGGAACUGCGAGACCCGGACUAUAUGUUACGGAUCGCCAAACAGUUGGCGCAAAUACAUAGCAUGGAUGUGCCCAUCGCUAAGCACCCGCACUGGCUGUUUGACACAAUGGACCAGUACUGGGCACAAGUGGUCGCCUAUACGCCCGAUCCUAACCGCCCACAACUCAUACCAAACCCCUCGUUGGAGCGGGAAUUGUGUGCAUUUGACUACAAAUCUGAGUCGCAAUGGUUGAGACAACUGCUCAGCACCUGUGGAUCACCGGUAGUCUUCUCGCACAACGACCUGUCGGAGGGAAAUAUACUGAUCCCUGAGGACAGCACCGCCUACGAGGACGGUAUGGUGUUUAUUGACUUUGAGUUCGCCGCUUACAACUACCGGGGCUUUGAUUUGGGCGACUAUUUCACGGAAUACCAGUUCGACUACACGAACCCGGAGUACCCGCACUAUUACGCCCACCUCGACGCCUACCCCUCGGAUCAUGAGAAACGACUGUUUAUCAGGGAAUACAUCCGACACUCGACGCACUUGACUAGUGGUAGGCAGACGGAGGACAGGCUGGUCCGGGAGGCCGACUAUUUCGCGUUGGCGUCCCAUCUGUUGUGGUGGGUGUGGGGUAUCCUUAAGGCCCGUACCUCUCGAUUGCGUUACGGAUAUUGGGUUUGA